AUGUCUUACGUAGAAUAUAAUCAACUUCUUUUUGAGAUCAGCCAACGACUCGAUCUACUGAACCAACAUGGACAGUUACUCUUCAUGUGUAGAGGAUGUGUGACGUCUAGAGCUGAAGACAUUCCCGAUGCACUUUCGCUCUUUCAAGAGCUAGAAGAACAAAAUUAUUUGGCCAUUGAUCGAGUUGCGCUAUUGAAAGAGCUGCUAGAAGGGGUCAAAGAAUGGUCGUUGUUUCAGAAAGUGAAAAAGUUCGAGGACAAAAGGAAAGAAUACAAAGAAUUGCUUGAACAGAUCAGCCGUGCUCUCGACGAAAGCAAUCAACUGCAGCAGCUUAUUUCUGUCUGCACCGCGAAGGAAACGUUGGACGAAAAUGAAAGAAACACUCAAACUGCUCUAAUUUUGUUCGAAAAACUUGAACGCCGAGGACUUUUUGCGUUUGGUCGUCUUGAUUUCUUGAAAGGGAUUUUAUUGGGAAUUGAGAGACAAGAUCUGGUGAAGAAAGUUCAGGAUUUCGAGAAGCGACGAAUUGAUGAGGAUGAACUUGAAAGAAGGAAAGCGAAAGUGUUCUCUUGGGGCGGAGUUGUUUACGAAAAGGCGGUACAAGUUUCCUUGAAGACGUGGUUCAAAGUUGGUGAAAAGGCGCUAACUUUCGCUCAAAUCUUGGUCAACUGGGAGUCUGUUAGUCAGUUUUUUGGAAGCUUUGGUGACCAGGUUCUUCCCGCUGGUACAGAACUCGCCGACAUGGGUCAAGAGGGCGUCUGCUUCACAGUUCAGGCAAACACUUCAAAGGGGCUCAACACCUUGUGGAAUAUGUACCAGGACGGCACACUCAAGGCACGCCUGUACGACUUCGUGGUGACUGACAGAGCUAAGCAUCUUGCUGAAGCUGAGGAGAAUGUUGAACUAACAGUAAAAAUUGAGGAAGAAGAAUACGAGAGAGCUUGCAGUGAUCUAAAUAAUGAAGCCAAAGUCCUGAAAUUUGUAUUCCCAACACUUGAAAAACGUUUUGAAUAUUUAUCUCCUGUUGGAUCUUCUGUGAUGACUGACCCAGAAGAGAGAAUUGAUGCCCUCUUUAGAAGUGGUGGUGAAGAGAUUCCAGAGGCCAGUGGGCAAGUGCAACAACUAACAAUUCAAGAAGAAGAUGGCGAAGAGUUAGAAAGUGAGCAGGAACAAGAACCAGAUAGGAUAAAGAUACACGAAGGAACACUCACUAGCAAGGACGUGCAUUGGAACAUCAAGCUAGGGGCUGUACACCUAGCCUUCCCCCGUGAUGCUGUAUCUGAGCCCACCCUGAUAACGGUCCAUCGAUGGAAACCCACAGUGCUGUCCCCGCCUUUGCAGGAGCACGAGGCUCUCGUCAGCAACGUGAUUGAGAUUUCCUCCAACAGUCAGGAAGCUUUCAAAUUUGAAGCUGAAGUUAAGAUGUCAUUCACUCACAGUUCUCCCGGCCUACACGGCUACGAGUUGGUGUUGUACAAACGGAAUGACAACGAGACUGGUGCAUGGGAAGAAGUGACCGAUGUGGAAGAUUUCAAAACCAUCUCAGAUUUUGAAGAAGAAUAUCAAUCCAGCCAAGAUAUUCCCAACCUACACUUUCCUGUUGUGCAAGCGGAUAUAACAGAAUGUGCCACAUAUGCAGUAGUGAGUCGUCUCCGUCUUUCCCCUGAAUUCACGAUAACAUCAAAUGGCGGUUCCUUUGCCCUGCCUAAAUAUCCAAGUAUAAGUGUUACUAUCCCGGAAAAUGCUGUUACUUCGAAAACAAGGAUUCCUCUUCGACUGAAGGUGCAAGAAGUACCACGUGAAGAGUUUGAGGCUAACGAAAUACUUAUUGGACCUAUACUACGAAUAGUUUGCCACAAACCGAUUGAGUUCUUGAAGCCUGUUACCAUUACGCUGCCAGUUUCUUUGGGAGACGCGCGGCAUGACUCCCCUGAUCCAACGGCAUGCCGGGUAAGAAUAUUGUUUCUGAGUUCUGAUGGUGAACAGAAGGAAUGGAGGGAAAUCACUGAAGAUUUGAAGAAACCAGUGACGUUUGACGGGACGACAGUCAAAUUCGAGGUGGAACGCUUCUCAGGGUAUUCGUGUUUGAUUGACUGGCUUGCAGAUAGCUCCACUUAUCAAUGCGUUAUCGCAUAUCUGUCGAGCCUUAUUUGGACCCAACCUCAGCUGGCAGUGUUCUUCGCCUACUUCCCUCCCGAAGACCGCCCUGAUUCUCAAGACAUCUUGCACCUAAUUUGCUGCCCGUAUCAACUUAGAGAAAAGGUGCGGGAUGAAAUUAAGAAUCAGGCUAAUGUGCCCACUCCGAGCGAUUCAAGUUCCCACAUCAAGAUGAUUCCUGGGCGUGAUAAAGCAUACGUCUCCCUCAAAAAAGGAAUCCGAGCGAUUGAGGAAGUUGACAUGGAGGAAUUUUAUCUCCAGUUUAUAAGUGAUGAGCUCCAUAAAGUUCAAGUUCCAAUCCGUGUUAUUGAUGACAGAGGACUUUCAGGGGUGGAGUUUUUCAAAACACCGAAGUUUGAAAAAAGUACUCUGCUGUGUCAAUUGUAUUUUCGAUUAUCGCCUCUCAAGAGAAAGCUGAACCGAACCCCAGUGGAGUUUUUUGGUAUUCCUGUCAAUGAUGAAGUCUUGUCAAAUCCGCUUCCUGAGCAUGUUCUUCAGAUUGGAAGACAAUUCGUUGGUUCAAAGGUGUAUGACGAUCUCCUUUCCCGCUUCAUCAAAGGCAAUAUAAAUCAGAAGCAGACAAUACAAAGCUUCUAUGAGGCUCUUGCAGGAUUGAAAAUCGAGAUCCAAGAUAAGUGCUUUGAAGCCCUUGUCAAGGAACUGAGUAACUGUAAUGAAUACGGAUUUGUGGUGGAUCGACUUCAAGAAGGUAAAGAUGCUGUUUGCAAAUCAUUGAAGACGAAUGGGGACGUGAAGAAAAUUGUAUUAGAAAAAGCGGAGUAUCGUUGGAAAAACCUGGCAAGAGAGCUGGGGUUUAUAGAAGGAAGAAUUGAUGCGAUAUCUGAGGAAGAGGAAGAUAACUGUGAAGAAUGCUGUUAUAAAGUUCUACAAAAAUGGUACCAAGAGAACGGCGAAAUGGCGACGAUCAGAAGAGUCAUGGUGGCACUGACUAGAAUAGGAUUAGCGGACAUCAACAACGACAUUGUAGAUUGUCUUAAUUUGAGACGUCAGGAUCAAAUGUAG